AUGGACUUCAGGAAGCUGGCACGGAUGAUGCCAGACGUUGCGGCACAGUCGAACGACACAAAUGUCCCCAACCUCACUGAUCUCCCGCCGAAUAUUCUGGAGGCAAUCAUACCGGGCUAUAGUAUCAUCUCCCGCUACGCCUUUGCAUACCUGGGCUUCGACAUCUCGGUCUUUGUCUCGAUCGGUAUUUUACUCCUCGCUCUCAUCAAAGGUGGACAAUGGCUUUCAGGUCAGAUCGCCUGGGCUUUCAAUUAUGCCUGCAUGUCUUCUGUCUACAUCGACGAACACGAUGACUUGUUCGACAUGGUCAUGGCAUGGCUCGCAGAGCAUCAGACUUCUACCUCCCGGUCCAGGAAGAUGCGAGCCAAGACCCAGAGAGGCAGUCGAGCGGACGAUGCCUUCGAUGAAGUCGCUGACGAUGCGUUGGAUGAGAACGGGAUGUUCUCCUGGAGUAAGUGGCAGGCCCGUACACCACCACGCUUCGAGCCUUACUAUGGACGUCAAUUCGUGUGGCACAACGGCCAGAUCUUCUGGUUCAAGCGCUCUCGACGACCCAACGAAGGUCAACGAGUUCAGGUGAGCUUCGGUGGCGCUGCUGAAGACGAUAUCAUCGAGCUCGACUGCAUCGGUCGUGAUAUUGCGCCCGUCAAGGACUUGCUCAGGACGAUUCGGGUCUGGUCUCUGAAUCGCACGACUGGAACGACGACGAUCCGACAUCCGACUCCCAAGGAUCGAGCGAGAUUUGGUGGUACUUGGAGCAAGACUUCUUCGAGACCGUCUCGGCCGAUGGACACAGUUAUCUUAGAUAAUGGGCAGAAGAGUAUGAUCAUCCAUGAUAUGAACGAGUACUUACAUCCUGCGAGUCCGAGAUGGUAUGCUACUCGUGGUAUACCUUACCGUAGAGGCUAUCUCUUCCAUGGUCCUCCUGGUACUGGUAAGACUAGCUUGAGCUUCGCUUUGGCUGGGAUCUUUGGGUUGGAGAUUUAUGCUAUCAGCUUGCAGGAGCCGACUCUGACUGAGGGCGAUUUGAUGCAGCUGUUCAACGGCCUGCCGAGGAGAUGUAUUGUCCUGCUUGAGGAUGUUGACGCUGCUGGGCUGGUCAGAGAUGGUGCUAGUGAUGAUAAGGAUGCCGAGAGCAAGUCUGAGAAGAAGGACGAGAAGGAUGUAGAGAAGAAGAAGCCUGAGGUGAAUAGUGAAAAGAAGGAAGGUGAAGGAGAGGUAGCAAAGAAGGUCGAAGACUUCACACUCAAAGACCUUGCUCGCGAGCUGAAAGCCGUCGCCGCACCCCAGCCUGGUAACAGAGGUGGCAAAGCUAAACGCGGUAAUGCGACCACCGCAGACGGUCAAACGAGCAACACUGGCAUCUCGCUUUCCGGUCUCCUCAAUGCCAUCGAUGGUGUCGCCACACACGAAGGUCGGGUGCUCAUCAUGACUACAAAUCAUCCUGAGCAGCUCGAUGCAGCUCUCGUCCGGCCUGGCCGUGUCGACCGCAAAGUUGACUUCAAGCUUGCGAUGCGCGAACAGGUCCGUGAACUGUUUGUGAGGAUGUAUGCUGCGAGCGAAGAGUCAUACGUGCGCGCUGCUUCACGAACCAAGAAGAAGAUAAUCGAUGCUGGCUUAGCAAAUGGUCACACCAGCGGCGAAGGGUCCAGGCCUGACAAGAGCCUAGGUCCAGUGACGGACGACCAGCUCGCGUCGAUGUCGCGAGAAGAUCUGGAGACGCUGGCUUCAGACUUCGCGGAGCGUGUACCUGAAUCCACGUUUACGCCUGCUGAGGUACAGAAUCUGCUUAUGAUGCAUAAGAAGGAGCCGAAGACUGCUUUUGAGAAGGUCACAAGUUGGGUCGAGGAUGAGUUGCGGGAGAAGGAGAAGAAGCCAGCUGCCAGUACCGAGGAGAAGAAGAAGUAUGAAGAAGCGAAGGCUGGUGCUCAGGUGAAUGGAGAGUAG